CACCAGUGAUGUUAUCCUGACCUCACAGAUCCCUGAAUGAUGGUUCAUGAAGGGUUUCAAGGUCAUCUACUUCUGACUCAUUUAAAAGCUUUAAAGAAAUGGGACCUGAGAGUGUCAGUGAAUUGUCCAUGGCCACCUAGUUUGUGACAGUCAGGAGUCACAGGUCAGUAGCCAAAAGCCUCUGAUCAAAACAUUUAAAAUUCUUUGUAACACACCUAUAUCCUCACUCAAGUUAAACAGUAUUACCAGGAACAUAGUUAAAUGUUGCAGCCUGAGUAUUUUCUGCUAUACUAAUUUUAAUGGAAGAAGACUGUCUUAUUCUUUGUUUUCUUUAAUUUUAUUACUCCUCGUUUUAUGGUUUUUUUUCUUUUAAUUGAUUUUAAGAACACAAAGUAUUGCUAAACAAUAGAAAAAAAAGUUUAUAUUUAACCAAAGAAAAGAUGCAUGUUCAAAUACACAUGAUCACUUCAGAGUCUCAUGUGGACAGGUGUUGCUGUCUAUACCUGGUCCUUUUCAAGGGCGAAAGGGCCAUAUCCUCACAGGGAGGCUGCUCCCCAGCUAGGGUGCUGAGAUUUUGGCAGGUGAGUCUAGUGACCCCAGUCAUCUUUCUAUCCCCACAGCUGAACAUUCAGUUUUCCUCGCUCUCUCAAGAGCUACAGAAAAUGAACACACCUCAGGCAUCAGUGUCAUUCAAGGACGUGGCUGUGGAGCUGACCCAGGAGGAGUGGCAGCACAUGGGCCCUGCUCAGAGGACCCUGUACAGAGACGUGAUGCUGGAGAACUACAGCCACCUCGUCUCAGUGGGGUAUUGCUUUACAAAACCAGAAGUGAUUUUCAAGCUGGAACAAGGAAGAGAUCCUUGCUUAUCAGAUGAAGAAUUUUUACACAGGAGCUAUAUAGACUGCCAGCUUGAUGACUGCUUAGAGAAGAGCCUGGGAAACCAAGACAAACAUUUGUGCCAAGUUUUAUUCACCAACAACAAAAUACUGACCAGUGAGCAAGAGAAAUUGGCAGGAAAGGCACGUAAAGAGGGCAUAGACAUAUUUACUUCAAGAAAAAUGCUCUGUACAGAUGACACUACAGGACCUACUUACUUGGGUCUCAUACCAUUGGCCCCACAUUGUAAUUAUUCAAGAAAGAAUGAUGAUGAGUUUAAUGUGUAUGAAAAAUCGCUCCUCAGAAUUUGGAAUGAGAGAUCAAAUACUGUAGAGGAAUCUUUGGCUUGUUAUCAAAAUGUGAAAGCCCUCAGUUGGGAGAAGAAACAUAUUCAGCAUCAGACAAUUCAGACUUUGGGGCAAACUUUUGAAUAUAAUGAACAUGGAAAAGCUUUCCUUGAGAAGGCUGCCCUCAUUACACCAAUUAGUAACCACACAAAACUAAAACGUUAUAAUCAGUUUGGUAAAAACCUAUGUGAUAAAUCAACCCUUUCUGUCUCUUGGAGCAUUCCCACAGAAGAGAAGAAUCACUAUGAAUUUAAUAAAAAUGGAUGUAGUCAGUAUGGGAAUAAUUUCCAUCGGGUUGUUCAACUUCAGAGAACUGACACUGGAGGGAAAACUUGGAACAAAAAAUCAGACCUCCAAGAACAUCAGAGAACUCACACGGCAGAGAAAUUUUGUGUCUAUAACAAAUGCAAUAAGGAAACCUUUAACUGCCAGUUACCUUUAAAUGUGUGUCACAGAACUCAUAUAAGGGAAAACCCCUUAUCUAGGAAGUCAACCCUCAUUUUACAUAAGAAAGCUCACACAGUGGACAAAUGCUAUGAAUGUAAUGAAUGUGUGACUACUUUUAGCAAGAAGUCAGGACUAACAAAACAUCAGAGCACGAACUUGGAGGAGAGAUCCUUUGAAUGCAAUGAAUGUGGAAAAUCUUUCAAACUGAAGUCUUACCUAAGCAAACAUCGGAUCACUCACACCAGCGAGAGGCCCUAUAAAUGUGAUCAGUGUGGGAAGUCUUUCAUCCGAAAGUCACACUUCAGUGAACAUCAGAGAAUUCACACAGGGGAAAAACCCUAUGAAUGUAAUGAAUGUAGGAAACGUUUCAGAUGUAAGUCACUCCUUAGAGAACAUCAGAGAAUUCACACAGGGGAAAAACCCUAUGAGUGUAAUGAAUGUAGGAAAUGUUUCAGGUGUAAGUCACUCCUUAGAGAACAUCAGAUGACUCACACAAGUGAGAGACCAUAUAUAUGUGAAAAAUGUGGGAAAUCUUUCAAGCUGAAGUCAAUCCUCAAACUACAUCAGAGAACCCACACAGGAGAGAAACCCUAUAAAUGUGAACAAUGUGGGAAGUGGUUUGGCUCUAAGUCAUCUCUUAGAGGACAUCAGAGAAUUCACACAGGAGAGAGACCUUAUAAAUGUGAUGAAUGUGGGAAAUGUUUCAAGCUGAAGUCAUAUCUGGGUGAACAUAAGAAAACUCACAGAGGGGAAACACCGAAUGAAUGUAACAUAUGUAGGAAAAGUUUCAGGUAUAAGUCAAUCUUAAUAAAACAUCAAAGAACUCACACAGGGGAGAGACCCUAUAAAUGUGAUGAAUGUAGGAAAGGUUUCAAGUAUAAUUCACACCUGCGACUACAUAAGAGAAUUCAUAUGGCAGAGAGACCAUAUAAAUGUGAAGAAUGUGGAAAAUCUUUUAGGUGGAAGUCUUGCCUUACCCUACACCAGAGAACUCACAACAGACAGAAACUCUUUGAAUGUAAAGAAUGUGGGAAAACUUUAAGCUGUAAGUCAGCCCUCACCCAACAUCAUAGAAUACACACAGGGGAGAAACCUUAUGAGUGUAAUGAAUGUGGGAAAGCUUUCCGCUGUAAAUCAGACCUGAGAUUACAUCAGAUAACACACACAGGUGAGAAACCCUAUGAAUGUAAUGAGUGUGGGAAAGCUUUCUACCGAAAUUCAUACCUUAGAGCUCAUCAGAGAAAUCACAGGGAGAGACCAUAUGAAUGUGAUGAAUGUGGGAAAGUUUUCAGCUGGAAGUCAGAUUUCAGAGAACAUCAGAAAACACAUGCAGUGGAAAAACCUUACAAUGUAAGCCAUGUGGGAAGUAUUUCAGGUGUAAGCCAACCCUAAUUCUAAUUGCACUCACAAGUGAGAAACCCUUUGAAUGUGGCGAAUUAAGAAAACUUUUAGCAAGAAUCAGCACUAAGACAAUCUCACAGAACAGAAAUCUUCCCACCAGAAGUCAACCUUCGACUUGCACAUCGGUAAUUCCCAUAUGACAUGUACUGAUUAAUUUGAUACCAAUAACUAUUUCCUCUUCUCCCUAAGCUAACAAUUUUUCUAAAUUUCCCACUCUUUCAUCCAAGAGAUGUCUUGUCACUUACAUCUGACUAGUAGAAUGUGUGCUUAGUGAAAAGUCCUGUAAGCAACAUCCUUCAAAAUCCUGCAUAUUCUGUGUUCUUCCUCAUCAAAAUGGGAUGGAAAUGACUCCCAGGGAGACCAUGGGACUCAUGAACACAAGAUUAAAGCACACAAGAUGGAACAAGAGUCCAUCUUGUCCAUCCAAGAUGGAACAGGGUCCAAGAGUGAGGAAAAAAGAGUGUCCUCCGUGUA